GACGGCGCCCCGGUCCGCACGGCUCGCGUCGCCGCGCCCCGGGGGAUGCCGAGGCGCCGACCCCGCGGGUCGCCCUAGGGGAGAGGCGCUCGGCAGCACCGCCCGCCCCGCAGCCCCGGCCCGGGCGAGGCCGCCGCUCCGCGCUGAGCCCCGCCGGAGCCCGUCGCCAGUGGGGCGCCCACGCGGGGCGCGGCGUGCUCGGGGCAGGGAGGUGAAACCCGGCCCCGCAGUCUCGGGUGUUUUGGGUUGUUUUUUUUCUCAUUUCUUCCGAAGGAUGGAUACGUUUCUUCUCGCGUGGGGAUUUCUAGGGCUGUGCUUGCCCGGCUCCCGAGGCACGGCGGAGACAGCUCAGCCAUGCGGGGGCCGCCUGAACUCCAAGGAUGCCGGAUACAUCACCUCCCCAGGGUACCCCAAUGACUACCCCUCCCACCAGAACUGUGAGUGGGUCAUCUACACCCCUGAAUCCAACCAGAAGAUCAUCCUCAACUUCAACCCUCACUUUGAAAUUGAAAAGCAUGACUGCAAGUAUGACUACAUCGAGAUCCGAGAUGGGGACAGUGAAGCAGCAGACCUGCUGGGCAAGCACUGUGGGAACAUAGCACCUCCUACCAUCAUCUCUUCUGGUCCCUCUCUGUAUAUCAAAUUCACCUCAGACUAUGCACGGCAAGGUGCUGGCUUCUCCCUGCGCUACGAGAUCUACAAGACAGGCUCUGAGGACUGCUCCAGAAACUUCACUGCCUCCAAUGGCACUAUUGAGUCUCCAGGCUUCCCUGACAAGUAUCCACACAACCUGGACUGCAUCUUCACCAUCAUAGCCAAGCCAAAAGCAGAAAUCCUUCUCCACUUCCUGCUCUUUGACCUCGAGCAUGACCCGCUGCAGGCAGGAGAAGGAGACUGCAAGUAUGACUGGUUGGACAUCUGGGAUGGCAUCCCUCAGGUCGGCCCCUUGAUAGGCAGGUACUGUGGCACUAAGAUGCCUUCAGACAUCCGCUCAACCACUGGCGUCCUGUCACUGACUUUCCACACGGACCUGGCAGUGGCUAAAGAUGGAUUCUCUGCUCAAUACUACUUGAUCCAGCAGGAAGUCCCAGAAAACUUCCAGUGCAACGUGCCGCUGGGGAUGGAGUCCGGCAGGAUCUCCAACAUGCAGAUCAGUGCCUCUUCCACCUACUCAGAUGGGCGAUGGACCCCCCAACAGAGCCGGCUGAACAGUGAUGACAAUGGCUGGACCCCCAAUGUAGACAGCAACAAAGAGUACCUCCAGGUGGACCUCCAAUUCCUGACUGUGCUCACAGCCAUUGCUACACAGGGUGCCAUCUCCAGAGAAACCCAGAAUGGCUACUAUGUCCGUACCUACAAGCUGGAGGUCAGCACCAAUGGGGAGGACUGGAUGAUAUACCGACAUGGGAAAAACCAUAAGACGUUUCAGGGCAACGAGGAUGCCACAGAGGUGGUGCUCAACAAGAUCCCCAGCCCAGUUCUCACACGCUUUGUGCGCAUCCGUCCCCAGAGCUGGCACAACGGCAUCGCCCUGAGGCUGGAGCUGUAUGGCUGCCGCAUCACCGAUUCACCCUGCUCCAACUUGCUGGGAAUGCUUUCCGGCCUCAUCCCUGACUCACAGAUCUCAGCCUCUUCCACUAGAGGCUACGACUGGUCUCCUAGCAUGGCCCGCUUGGUGAGCAGCCGCUCAGGCUGGUUUCCCCGUGUCCCCCAAGCCCAGCCUGGGGAGGAGUGGCUGCAGGUGGACCUUGGUGUCCCAAAGAAUAUCAAAGGCGUCAUUAUCCAGGGGGCUCGAGGAGGGGACAGCGUGACCACCACCGAAUCCCGCUCCUUUGUGAAGAAGUUUAAGGUGGCCUACAGCAUGAAUGGAAAGGACUGGGACUUCAUCCAGGACCCAAAAACAAUGCAAGCCAAGCUUUUUGAAGGCAACAUCCACUAUGAUAUCCCUGAAGUCCGGAGAUUUGACCCUGUUCCUGCCCAGUAUGUCCGUGUGCACCCAGAAAGGUGGUCCCCAGCAGGAAUAGGAAUGCGUCUGGAGGUGCUGGGCUGUGACUGGACAGAUGUAAAGCCCACUGCAGAGACACUGGUGCCUACUUUGAAGAGUGAAGAGACCACCACCCCAUACCCAACUGAUGAAGAGGCAACUGAGUGUGGUGAUAGCUGUGGAGAGGAGGAGGAUUUUAAUCUCCCUGCGAACUUCAACUGCAACUUUGAUCUCCCUGAAGAACUCUGUGGUUGGUCACACGACUUGGCAACGGGUUAUACAUGGUCUUUUCAGCCUACAGGCACCUGGAUUGGCAACUCUGAACCAAGCCCUGAGAGUAUCCCUGAUGGCAAGAAUUACUUGCAGCUGAAAAGCAGCAGAAGAAGGGAAGGCCAGCGAGCCCGGCUCAUCAGCCCCACCAUCUAUCUGCCUCGGAGUGCUGUUUGCAUGGUCUUUCAGUACCAGGCAUGGGGCAGCAACGGGGUGAUGCUGCGGGUCUGGCGGGAAGCAAGCCAGGAGCACAAGGCGCUGUGGGUCAUCACAGAAGACCAAGGGGAGGAGUGGAGGGAAGGCCGCAUCAUCUUGCCAAGCUAUGACAUGGAGUACCGGAUUGUGUUUGAGGGAUUUAUACGUAACGGCCACUCGGGAGAGCUCGCCCUCGAUGACAUCCGACUGGGCAUGGACAUCCCACUGGAGAACUGCAUGGAACCCAUCACAGCUUUCCCAGUGAACUUCCCAAGAAUGGAGGAUGACUUUUCAAUCUCUGAACAAGAUUUUAAAGACAACGAUGAUCCAGAUUACUUUGGAUCGGAUAGGAACGACACACUGUUCUCUACUAACUCUCCAGGAACCCCAAAGCUGGACAAAGAAAAAAGCUGGCUCUACACCCUGGAUCCCAUCCUGGUGACCAUCAUAGCAAUGAGCUCCCUUGGCGUCCUCCUUGGGGCCAUCUGCGCUGGUCUCCUUCUCUACUGCACCUGCUCCUAUGCCGGGCUGUCCUCAAGGAGCUCCACCACACUGGAGAACUACAACUUCGAGCUGUAUGAUGGCAUCAAGCACAAGGUCAAGAUGAAUCACCAGAAGUGCUGCUCAGAGGCCUGAUGGGUGCCCUGGGGAUCACCCUCAGUGUUGCACCCGGUGAGGUGGGCUGGCGAGGGGUUACUUUUUUUGCUGUUUUCUGUGGGAACUGAAUGCCAUUAUAGGGAACAAAGGGCACGGGAGGAGCGAGGGGAGGCACUGCUCCUGCUGCCAGGUCCCACUGCUGGGUCACCAGGACCCAGCAGGCAUUCCCACAAACCAGACUGUGCCACGUGAGGGGGAUGGGACCCUUUUUUGUUGGUUCAUCUUCAUUUUCUGCUGAUGUGAGUGGCUGGGACAUGGCAAAGGAGCCUGGUUUACCUUUUGGAUGUGAGAAACUAAAUGUUGAUCAUUAUUUUCCACCUCCUUUCUCUGGUGAGUUGCUGACAAGGUUGAGGGAUUUCUUCAGCCACCCUGGCUUUAGAAAUAACACAAACACACACACAGAGACCCUGUCAGUUUUAGACCCUGUCUAAAUACUGUUUUGGUGUAGGAAUUUGUGCACUUCGUGCUAAGUCCUGGAAGGUGUAGUUUCCAGUCCUGAAAAUGGAAGCAUUCUGUUACCUGUGACUUUCCUUCUCCUGGUAGGGUGAAAGCAUGGAAUACCGGGUUUAGUAUCGUUGGUAACAGCAGUUCUUUCUAAAGUCGUUAAGAAAUAAAAUAGAAAGGAAACUCUAUGUGUAGAAGCACCUCCUUGAGAGAAGCUGAAGAGCCUUAAAGUGAUUUGUGAAUAAGAGCCAUUUAUUAAAUCCAGAACUUGGAUUGCAACAGCUGAGGCCUUCAUCAGGAAGGCCUGAAUCUCCCACACCUCUUGAUCCUGCCCUUUUUAUUUUAUUUUUUAAUAUUAUUUUUUUCUAUAAUGAGAAAAUUGCAGCAAACAAAAGACAGAGCCUGUAAGGCUCCUGGUGUUUGGGCGAUAGCUUUGGGAAGGGGCUUCACGUGGGGUUUGACUUGAGGCACAGCACUUAGGCCUCUCCAAAGUGCCAUGGAGGGAAAACUCAAGAGGGAAGGAGGCUGGAGUCAUGUCCACAGCCACAGGAGCCUGGCCAUGGCACCUGCUGACCCCCCCUCACCUUCACAGCGCUCCCCUUCUCCCUGGAGCUGGUGGCCCUGAGCUGGCGCUGUCAGCACUGAUGGACCAAACAGCUGCUGUCGUGUCCCCUUCGGAGCAAAGCUGCACUGCUCCUGACCAGCAGCAAAACCCUGAGGUUUUAUUUAUGAGCUGUGUUUUGGUUUACUUUGAACAAGUGCCUUAGAAGAAGUAUUUUUUCCUCCAUCUGAUGAUCAGUGCUGUAUCAAAAAAAGAAGUGUUUCCUGGCAAAAUGCUCUUCUUCACCACUCUCUACUGGGUAGAGCCUGGCUGAAGAAGUCUGGUUCCUUCUAAUUUCAAGUGGUCUGGCUACAUUGUCUGGCAGCUGAUACCUUUCCACUUACCACUGUGCUGUGGGAGAGGAAUAUUAUGAAAACAAUUUCAUGGAGAAAAACAAUUCAAAUGCUGGGCCCGAAACCAAUGCCUUCAUUUCCAAUUCAGUACAGACAGACCUCCCCUAUCGGCUUGCACAUAUAUAAGCAAGAAACCUUUCCAGCAUGUUGGGUUUGCUUUUCCAGCAGCUCUUUGGAAAUACCUGACAUGUCCUGAUUUCACAUUUUGCCUAGCAAAUAGUUUGGGUUGGGAAUGGAUUUUUUUUUCCCCACUAACUGCAGAGCACUGAAGGUGUGAUGUGCUGUGAAGCUCUGUUUGCACAGCCCCUGCAAACACAUCCUGCAGGAGGCCAGGUGUUCGGGGAGACAAGCAACAUCUGGAGAGGAGCUGAGCACGGACAGUGCCACAGCUGCUCCUCAGUGCGGUGGGAAUAGGAACAUUUGUCUAGUGUUUCAUGAAAAGCUCCAUCAGACAGCAGGUUUUUAGGGGGGAAAAAAAUAAAUAAAAAAUCCUUCUCCACUGUGAGAAAGAUGCAUGUGUUACUGGGGAAGCAGAUACCAUCAUCUGUGUCAUCAAAACAUCCACGGUUCACACAUGCAGACGCAGAGACGCGCGCGCACACAAAGGCCUUCUUCAUUUUUUUAAUUCACGCUGUGCGCCCAACAGAAACGGCAGUAAAUGGGUCUCACAUUCUCCUUUCGAAUCAUCUUAUUUCUUUUGGCAUUCUUCAUGGAUAAAUUCCACAGGGGUGUUUUUUUGCUGUACAAAAGAAACAGAGGCAGUAAGAGGAAAUGUACCAGACCGUUUCAAAGCUGGAUUGCUGCUGCUUGAUGAUUUUAUCCUCUUCAAAUGACAGGUGAGGGGAAGGAUGAAUGGAAAAGGACCAUACAAUAUAAAAGUCGACUUAGGCAAACAAUAGGUGAAAGUAUAUAAUGUAAAAGGUGACAUUAUGGUGCCUAGUAGGCGUACAGAGAGAAGAGUUCGUAUAUACAUAUAUUCAGAAAUAGUGUGUUUGCACACGCACGUGAAUUCUCUGUAUGUAUCGUGUACGUGACUUAUUCUGUGGGACUGACUCGUGUUCAUGUAUCUCUUGAUCUGGGGCAGGAGAAUACUGCUGAUCUUGGCACUAACCUGGCAUGGGCCCACCGAAGCGCCCGCCCUGCGUGUCCCGCUUGCCCCUUCCAGUCAGGGCGGUGCCCACGCGCAGGCGCUUGCUGGGCAGGAGCAGGCCAACAAUGCUGCAAAGCCAAUACCUCACUUACCUCUGCUGGGUGCUUUACUGUUCUACAGAAAACUGUGCUUGAUUGUACCUUCAACAGGGAAACAAAAAAAAGUCAUCUGUCCAUUUAAUUCAUUGCAUCCUCCUCUGCAAAUAGAUAAGGUUUGCUGAUAGCAAUUCCCUCUCCGUAAUUCAGAAAAGAAAAAAAAAAACAUAAAUUGGUGUUAAUGCCAUUGCUGAAAUGGGCUGUUACCCCCACACCUUUCCCAUGGCAAGGCUAUGUUGCUACCAGGCAGGCUGUAGUGCUGGGUGAUUUCAUUUUGUGGGAAGGUGCUGGGGGUGAGCAUGGAAAUUAAACCAUUAUGAAAUUAUAUGCAGAAAUGGAACUUCUCCAGGGUUUGCAGUUCAAGGUUUUUGACCAUUGACUGGCUGAGCCAGGGCUUACGGACUUAAAGAGCUUUUACUGUGAUUCUUCGAUGUAAAGAAAAAAAAAAUCAAAUGGUGUUUAUAUGAUUUGUAUAAAAACCUUUUAAAAUUACUAUUUAAUAAACAUUAUGGUAGAGA